UUUGCGCUCACGCCGCUGCUGAGGAGCUGUGAGCCCGGACGGAACCUGUUUACACACUGCGGAGAGCGGCUCCUCUGCUGCUGCCGGGACACAUGGGACACAGCGGGACACCAUGGCACACUACUGGACACUGGUUGCAACAGCUUCUCUACUGCUGCCCAUAACAGCUUGGUCCAAGCCAGUCAUCUCUCCCAGCAGACCCCACGUCGUAGUUCCCAAGAGGGGAAAGCUGGAGCUGCAGUGUCAUGAUGAUGACGCGACGUCGGGUGAGCGAUCAGGUGUGCGGUGGCAGAGGGAGCGAGGUCGCAGACUGGAAGGGGAGGCGGUGAAGGCCGGAGUGGCUUACAUCAAGGUGCCGUUUGCACAGGCCUACCACAUGGGGCGCUACGUAUGUGUCAACAACAGCACACUGGAACACAGCUCCAUUUAUGUCUAUGUGAAAGACUCACAGAAUGCGUUUCAGCGGACUAUGGUGAAUGGCAUACUGGUCCGUGCGGGUGAUAACUGCACCAUCCCAUGUCUGGUCACUGACCCUGAGGUCACCCUUGUUACCUUAGAGACCUGUGACGGGCGACCUUUGCCCUCCAGCCUGCAUUACCACAGCAACGCCCAGCGGGGCAUCAUCAUCAGCAAUGCCAAAACGGAGUAUGAUGGCUGCUACGUGUGUGUUGGGCGGCUUGGCGGAGUCACAGUAACGUCGAGCCAAUACACUGUGGAUGUUCGCCUGGUCCCAGAGGUCCCGCCAGUGAUCACAAUGUCCCAGAGAGGGAACAUGAUUUUGAGGAGAGGAGAGACGUUUGAGCUGACCUGCAGCUCCUCCAACGUCAACCCCGACUUCAGUCUUAAAUGGGACAUCCCCUCUGCAGCGAAUCCCGUUAAGACCAGAUCCUCAAACAUCCUUUCUGGUUCCCGCGGUUACAAACGCUCCACCUCCCUCUGGAUCAGUGCUGUCAAUCAAUCAGACUCCGGCGUCUACCGCUGCUAUGCCCAAAAUGAGAGAGGUACCACUGCCACAGCGCUGCAGUUGGAUGUCCUUGACCAAGGCUUCAUCUAUGUAGUCGAGAGUCCAGGCGUCAUCCAGUAUGAUGUCAAAGAGGGGGAGAGCUUGACCCUCAGGGCUGAGUUUGAUUCCUAUCCCAAGCCCAGCACCCUGAUCUGGGCUUACAAUGGCAAGCAUCUCCGCAAUACCACGGAGCACGUUAUCACUGUCCAUCGCAACAGAUACAGCUAUAUCAGUGAGCUGAAACUAGUGAGAGUACUCAGAACAGAGGGUGGGAUCUACAGUUUCUUGGCCAGUCAUGAUGAUGAAUCUGUCAAUCAAACUUUCCCUGUUUAUGUCUACAGUAAGCCAGUCAUUAUCUCCCAAAAGGGGCCUGUUGAUGGACAGGUGCGGUGCAUUGCCGCUGGUUAUCCGACCCCAAAAAUCAGCUGGUACCUCUGUGACAUGCCACAUACGCGGUGCUCACACCUGCCCAACGCUAGCCAGUGGGAGACUCCGGAGGCUUUCAUGGUGACAGAGUCAAACUCUGCCUUUGGAAGAAGAGUUGUGGAGAGCCGACUGAAUGUCAGCAAGGAACACACACAGUAUCACACACUGGAGUGUGUCGCCACCACGGACGAUGAAGAGGCCUACACACUUUUCUCUAUUAGUGAACGCACAGUCCCCCACAAACUCUUCACUCCUCUGCUGACAGGCAUGUUGGCCACUGGUGUGUUACUCAGUCUCACUCUCAUGGUGCUGCUCUAUAAGUAUCUGCAGAAACCCAAGUUCCAAAUCCAGUGGAAGGUUAUAGACAGUAUCCAUGGCAACAACUACAUUUACAUCGAUCCCACCCAGCUCCCUUAUGACCCCAAGUGGGAGUUCCCUCGACAGAAGCUACGCUUUGGUAAAACCCUGGGGUCCGGGGCAUUUGGAAAGGUAGUGAGGGCCACUGCCUAUGGACUCUGCUCACCAGAUAAUGUCAUGACUGUUGCUGUUAAGAUGCUCAAACCUAAUGCCCAUUCCACUGAGAAGGAGGCUCUGAUGUCAGAGCUCAAGGUUCUCAGUUACCUUGGAAACCAUGUCAACAUAGUCAACCUGCUCGGUGCCUGCACGGUGGGAGGCCCAACUCUGGUGAUUACAGAGUACUGUUGCUAUGGUGACCUGCUCAACUUCCUGCGCAGAAAAAGACAGUUCUACCUCAGCUCUCAGAUCAACGAUGGCUACUACCGCAAUGCCCUUAAGCAAGACAAUCCCACAAGCAGAGAGGAGGUCGACACGGGUUAUAUGCCUAUGCGACCAUCUGAGAGAGACAGGUCUUCUUUGUCAGAUGAGAUUGAAGAUCAGCCUCUGGAUGCAGAAGACCUUCUCAGCUUUUCUUACCAGGUGGCCAAGGGAAUGGAGUACAUUACCUCCAAGAACUGUAUUCACAGGGACCUGGCAGCCCGAAAUGUUCUGCUGACUCACGGCAGGGUGGCGAAGAUCUGUGACUUCGGGCUGGCAAGAGACAUCACUACUGAUGCCAGCUAUGUGCUCAGGGGCAAUGUGCGCCUGCCAGUCAAGUGGAUGUCUCCAGAGAGUAUCUUUGACUGUUUAUACACCUUUGAGAGCGACGUCUGGUCCUAUGGCAUCCUGCUCUGGGAGAUCUUCUCUCUUGGUAACAGCCCAUACACUGGAAUGCAGGUCGGCUCAACUUUCUAUAGGAUGAUACAAGAAGGCCACAGGAUGAGCAGGCCUGACUUCGCUCCCACUGAGAUGUAUGACAUGAUGCUUUGUUGUUGGAGCCAGGACCCUCUGAAGAGACCGUCCUUCAGGAAGCUGGUGGAGAGGACUGAACUGCUUUUGUCAGAAAGCACCAAGAACGUGUACCUGACACUGAGCACCACUGCAGUUCCUCCGGAGCAGCAGAGGGCGCCAUCACGGAGGCUGAGCUCAGUUUGCAGCACUACAGCGCCAACACAGCCUCUACUGCUCAGCGCCACUGACGUCUUCCUAGACUAUGACACUGUCUGACACACAAACUCAGAUACUGUGUGUGUCCAGGGUCAAGACAUGCAGGUCCUUGCACACGCAUACACACACAAUGCUCUGAAUUGUCUGUCACUUGUGAUCAUUGUCUACCUUAUUAAAGAACCAAACUAAAAGAGCCGACCGGACACUGAAAAACAGCUAACAACAUGUGCCGCCCCACCGGAAACCAUGUAGCCACCCCUCGCCCUCUUACACCAACAGAACUCUAUCGGCUUUUCUGCGACAAGUAUAUUUGGUGUGUGUCUGUUCAGACACACUAAACAUCCAUCACUGUUCACCGUCAGAUCUGUCACGAGCCAUCAAGAGCACGCGAGAGUUCCGGUUUGCAGUCGGCCAAAGAUUAUAUUUUAAGAUGCUUUGGGGAGGAGGGGGGGGGGACAGAAUCUGCGCUAGCGAGAAGGAAAAUCCUGACCUUGGGAGGUCACGUGGGACUGGGGAAUAGAUAAACAAGAGAUUAGUGCUGGUGGUUGUUUGUGUCUUACAUUCAAAAUAUGGUAGUUCUCUCUCUCUCUCUCUCUCUCUCUCUCUCUCUGCAGCAUUUACAAUGCUUGCAAAUCCCUCUGGUAGGAGUUUUUCGUUUAGCUCGCCGUCGAGGUGAUUUAAAUCGGCCUUUAAAGAAGACAAAUCCAGAUCUUCUCCUGCUGUAUCUCUGGUGAGACGCAUGACCAAAGCGGUGUUGAAUAUGUACCAUACCCAAAAUGGCGUGCACCAAAACCCUCGUUAUGCUAUGGCUUUGGAAACUGUGACUUACAAAAGACAAAAAAAACAAAACAAAAAAAAUCAGUUUACCAUUGUAUCGCGGGGUUUAGCCUUAGACGUAAUAGUCUUGUGUUCAUGUGGGGGGGGGGGUCUACCCGGGCUGCUAGGGCUGCCGGGAGACACCUUUCUCUUCCGGUUGUGGAGGAUGUGUGCGUUGUAAAUACACUGUUAGCUGUGCCUUUAGCGGUUACGCACGACACUGAGCGCGCUCGUGCGACUGUCCCGUCAGUAACCGUCUGCCCUCCUGGCAGUUACUGACGGGCUGUACUGACGUGCUGCACGCACACAAGAGCUCGUGUAAAGUUAGGCUGUCACACAAGGUUUUGAAGUUUAUGCCGUUUUGAUACAGUUGGUUGACUUGUAAUAAAAGAA